CAAACCCCAAUGCUUUGUUCCUCUUUCCUUUCUUUUCCUUCCCCCACUAAUUACUAGUAACAUAGAAGAGUCUGGUCUGGUCUUUAUCACCUUUUUAAAUUUUAAAACUAAAAAUAUAAUUAAAGUAGCUGUCUAGCUAGGGCCUUUUUCCAGGUGUCGAUCUAUAUAUAUAUAUAUCGCUCAGAUUACAAGUAUAGAUUUUUAAUCACAAGUUAUUGUUCACAUACUGUUUUGAUGAUGGAUGAAUUGAGCAAACUUCAUUCUGCUAUUGUUUGUUCACACAGUAGACGACAACAAGAGGUUGAGGUUGAGGCUGAGGCCGGGCCGACAAUUGUUAAUAACACUACUACUAGUUUUGCUGCUGUUCAUCAUCACUAUUGUCAAUUAGAAGCAGCUGUUGCUGCUGAUCAUAAUCAUCAUCAAAAUAAUAGUAAAUCCACCACCAAUAUGUCAGAUCUUAUUAAAGCUCAGAUUGCAAAUCAUCCUCUUUAUCCUAACUUACUUUCUGCUUACCUUCAAUGUCGUAAGGUUGGAGCACCGCAAGAAAUGACAUCAAUUCUCGAUGAAAUUAGCAAAGAGAACACCUUGAUAUCCAGCUCACGUCACACUAGUGAAAUUGGAGCUGAUCCAGAACUUGAUGAGUUUAUGGAAUCAUAUUGUGCGGUACUCGUGAAAUACAAAGAGGAGUUUUCAAAACCGUUUGAUGAAGCUACAAGUUUCUUGCAUAACAUAGAGUCACAGCUCAGUUCCCUAUGCAAAGAUAAUUUAAUCACUUCCACAAGUUUCAACAAUUAUAUAUCUGAUGAAGCAGGUGGUACCUCAGACGAGGAUGUAGGCUGUGAGGAGAUGGAAGCAGCAGAUAGUCAAGAAUCUCCUGCUAACUGUGAAGGCGAUAAUGAGCUAAAAGAAAUGCUGAUGCGCAAAUAUAGUGGCUAUCUUAGCAGUUUGAGAAAGGAAUUUCUGAAGAAGAGGAAGAAAGGCAAAUUACCUAAGGAAGCAAGAAUCGUAUUGCUGGACUGGUGGAAGAAUCACUAUCGAUGGCCUUAUCCCACGGAAGAAGAGAAAAAUAGGUUAUCGGAGAUGACAGGGCUAGACCAGAAGCAGAUAAACAACUGGUUCAUAAACCAAAGGAAGCGACACUGGCGCCCAUCGGAAGACAUGAAAUUUGCUCUAAUGGAAGGUGUAAGUGCUGGAUCGAUGUAUUUUGAUGGAUCUGGAGGUACUGGAAAUAUUGGCUCUUGAAAAUGACAAAACAAAAAAAAAAAUGGAACCUCCUGCUAGCUAACACUUAGUGUAUAGUGUGACAGAAAGUAUGUGUUUUGAAGUUCAUAAAUCAACAAUUGGUAAUCAUAUACUCUCGUCUCUCUUCCUAUUUUUAGAGCUAACAAACGAGUUUGAAAUUUAUUUUGGUUUAUAGAAUCACACUAGUUUAUUUUUAUGUGAUCAUUCAAGAGAUAUUAUUACCUAUAAAUAAGUCAUUUUAUUAGAGUAGAAGAAA